AUGCCGUCUCUUGUGUCAACUUGGCAUCCGGGCGAGGUCGCCAUGCAUCGGGAGAUGCGGACGCCUCGCUUUGAGAAUCCCACCUCGCCGGGAUGCCCUAUGCCCUACGCCGUAAGAGUGAUGCACUCCCAGCUCGUUGCACUUGGGACUUUGGAUGACGAGGGAAGACCAUGGACGACGAUUUGGGGCGGAGAGAGAGGCUUUGCAAGGCCGGUAGCCGAGGGUGUGCUCGGUGUCAAAAGCGCCGUGGACAAGCAGUUUGAUCCUGUGUAUAAGGCUUUCUGGACGCCUUCUGAGGGUAAGAAUGGUGGUGCCGACGAAGAAGGCAUAGUGAGGCCUGAGGGAGGCAAGAUGAUGUCCGCUUUAUCCAUUGAUCUCGAGACUCGGGAUCGCGUCAAGCUUGCUGGUCGACUUAUUGCUGGCGCUGACAUUCGCGGUCCUGAAACCGAGGUACAGCUUGCUUUUCAUGUUCAGGAAAGCCUUGGCAACUGCCCCAAGUACAUCAAUAAGAAGACGCUUGAGAAGACUGUACCCCAGCCUGAAUUGGUGCCUGGAGGUCCAGGAGGGAUACUGCCACCUGAAGCAAUUGCUCUGAUUGAAAAGGCAGACAUGUUCUUCUUAUCGAGCACCAAUGGGGAGAGUAUGGAUACGAAUCACAGAGGUGGACCGCGGGGAUUCAUCAGAGUGUUGAAGAAUGACGAGAAUGGGGUAGAGCUAGUAUAUCCAGAGUACUCUGGAAACAGGUUAUAUCAAUCGCUAGGGAACCUCAAAGUGAACCCCCUCAUUGGCAUCGUCAUCCCCGACUACGACACCUCCGACGCCCUCUAUCUCACCGGCCACUCCACCAUCCUCCUCGGCAAACAAGCCUCCGAUCUCAUCUCCCGCUCUAACAUGGCCGUCAAAAUCACAAUCUCCGCCUCCAGCCUCGUCAAAUCCAGCCUCCCCUUCCGCGGCACUCCCAACGAACCCUCUCCCUACAACCCUCCAGUACGAUAUCUCCUCUCCGAGAGAGCUCCAGCUCUAGCUUCCACAGAUCGUCCCGACGUCAACGCCACUCUCGUUGCAAGGGACGUUCUCACACCUACAAUCGCCGUCUUCACAUUCAAGCUCGAGACAAGAGAUCCACACAGCCUCCCCAAAUGGCAACCCGGCCACCACGUCACCAUCAACUUCGAAAUGGAAGUCAGCGGCGGCUACGCCCACAUGAACGACCAAGACCCCCAAAGCCUCAACGACGACUACGUCCGCACAUUCACCGUCUCCAGCCCUCCCAAUUCCCUUCCCCAAAAGGACCAUUUCCAAAUCACCGCGCGUCUCCAUGGACCAGUGACAAAGUUCCUCUGGAGGCACAACACCCGCGUCCCCCUCGACCUCACCGUCAUGGGGUUCGGCGGCAAAGAAGCCUUUGCACUACCCAUUUCCACCACCGCUACAACACCGUUCAAGGAGCCUGUCUAUGUUGCUGGCGGCGUAGGCAUCACGCCGAUUCUCGCACAAGCGAAAGCAGUCCUCGACGCUUCCGUUCCAUUAAAAUUACUGUGGACGCUGCGCGGCGAAGACCUUCCCCUUGCGCUUCAUACUUUCGAUAGAAUCCCCGGUUUGGCAGAGAAGACUACCAUUUUUGCGACGGGAUCGCUUUCUUCGGAGGACACAGAGAAGUUGCUCGAGAAGAUUCGUGAGCGGGGGGCAGCGGUACACGACCGACGGAUUAACGCUGGUGAUUUUGGAGAGAUGAAGCAGGGAGGAAAGAAAUUCUAUCUAUGUACGGGACCGUCGCUUUUGACGUCGUUGAGGGGUUGGUUGGAGGGUGAAGAUGUAGUUUGGGAGGAUUUUGGAUAUUAA